CCACAGUAAUGUACUCGUGCUGGUCCUGAUCGCACAACAGGCCUACCGAAAGCGAAGCAGCCAUCAGCCAUUCGUUUCGUGUGCGUGUGUGUUGUGACAGUGACAGUCUGCCAACACUCUAACCAAAACAAUAACACCAACAUCAGCCGACCAGUGCAUCGCUAUUUUUCUAGUUGCGUGUGUCAGUUAGUGCGUCGAUGGAUGCUCCCCCGUGAUCAGGGUGACAGUGGUUAGAAGAGGAGGAAAACGACACCCGAACCGGUGAGAGGUGGUGACCUGGAAGUCAUGGAAUUCAGCACCCUGUCACGUCUGCGCCAAUGCUGUCAAAAAGUUAAUACGUCCUAAAGAUGGAUGGUUGCGCGUGCGUGCUGCUAGUGACGGGCGUCCUGGUGACAACGCUGGCCGAGCACCUGCACACGCACCCGCACCCGCAGCCUCACCAGCAGCCGCGUGUGUCGCCGUCCGAAGCCGGACUGAGGCCUGUGGCCGCACUCAGCGACGACCUGCCGCCGCUCGACCUCCUCGAGUCACCCAACCGCAUGCACGACCCGAGACCCACCGAGCUCAACUCGACCGCUCUCUCGAUCAAGCUAGGCCGCAAUCUGGACCCCGCCUUCAUGAGCAUCACCCGUCCGGCCGACGCCGGUCGCAUCGUCGACUCCAAUCGCUUCCUCUACCGCCGCAAUCGGCGCGGACGGCUCGUGCCCGUCGGCGACAUUCCCAAGCACCUCCGUGACAUGGAUUUCAAGUUCCUCAGGCUGCCCGACGGCUCCAAACUCCGCACUCGCGUCUCCCCCAAACUCAAAAAGAAACUACAACAAUUUCUGUGGGCGUUCACCGCUUGCCCGAUCGCCUACAAGUGGAAAGACUUGGGUGUGCGCUUCUGGCCGCGCUGGCUGAAAGAAGGACACUGUCCCGCGGGCAAGACGUCGUGCUCAGUGCCUCCGGGCAUGAAGUGUCGGCCGUCAGCCACCCUCCGCAAGACUGUCCUGCGCUGGCAUUGUCGCAGCCCCGUCUUUGACAACUCGGCCCUGCAGCCUGAGCAGAGGCACUGCCACUGGAUAAAGGUCGAGUACCCCAUCAUCACUCAGUGCGCGUGUGCGUGUCCUCACACCUAUUCAUGACUCCAGUCAUCCCUCUCACUCAACCACGGGGCACAUGAGCAGUUCACUCAAGCUUCUCCCCAUGUACGAGCAUGAACUACGUCACUAGUCAUUAACCAUGUAUUAGUGAUGUCAAAUUGCAGUUCACACUGCUCUUCCACAGAUUUGAACAUAAACUGUGAAUUCACUAAAAAACAAUAUAAACGUCUGUGAUCCGAGCAAAUACAAGUUCCGAGCAGAGCAUUGA